AGUAAACAAAAUCGAUUAGAUAGGUUGUACUUAACUAUUUUUUUAUUAGAUAAAUUAAAACAAUUUUUGUUGUCUAUUGUUAUAGUGAACAAGAAUGAAUGUAAAAAAGUAUGAAAACGAAUUACUUUAUAUGCCUAGCAAAUGGUGUAAACGAAUGGAACCAACAGUCGUAGUUAAUAAUCACAUAGACACUAUCCGGUUAGUUAGUGAAAGAGUAAAAAAAUCGAAUUUUUGUAAAAGAUCUGAUAUCAAAUAUGGACCUGGCGAUCUUCAGCUUCUAGAUAUUUAUGAGAGUAACCUUUUACAUUGUAAUACCUUUGUUUAUAUUCAUGGAGGAUAUUGGCAAGAACUUAACAAAGAUAUAUCUGCUUAUUGUGUGGAACCAUUAAUAAAUGCUGGUAUCAGAGUUAUUGUUACUGGCUAUGACCUCGCACCGAAUGUUACUUUAAAUAUGAUUGUUGAUGAAAUACACCAACUUCUUUCAUACUUAGUGAAUAAUUUGGAGUAUAAUAACAUUUGGCUAGGGGGUCAUUCAGCUGGUGCUCAUUUAGCAGCAUGUAUGAUACUUCCAACAAUACAAGAAUUUAGUUCAGAGGUUAAAGGAUUUAUUCUCAUCAGUGGUAUUUAUGAUCUAGCUCCAUUAUUGAAGACUACAAUUAACAACACAUUACAUUUAAACGAGUUAACUUGUUUAGAAUUGAGCCCUGUGUGUUUUUUAAAAAAACAUUUGACUAAUAUUUCAUGGUGUGGAAAAUGUUUUUUAGUAUCUGCAGAAAACGAUUCUCCAGCAUUUAAACAACAAUCAACUAAAUUUGCUCAAUUUCUUACAUUUCAUGGCUUAGAGGUUAUAGAAGAAUGUAUUAACGGAGUUGACCACUUUGAUAUCGUUGAAAACCUUGCAAAUGAUGACUACAUUCUAACAAGAAGAAUUAUUAAUUUAAUUUUAAAUAAAAGUUGAACUACUAUUUAUAACUAAUUAUUUAGU